AUGAUGUCCUCAAUCAAACCCCCAGAUGACCGGCUGAAAGAAUCCCUGGUUCUUCCGAUUAAGACUCUCACCGGACCCGGUCCAUCCAACUGCUCUGAGAGAGUCUUGAACGCCAACAAACUACCUAUGGUGGGACAUCUACAUAAAGAAUUCAUCAAGGUAAUGGAUGAUAUCAAGGCAGGUAUUCAGUAUGCUUUCCAAACACAUAAUGACUGGACACUAGCGAUUUCAGGGACAGGACAUGCUGCUAUGGAAGCAGCAUGUUGUAAUCUUGUCGAACCUAAUGAUGUUGUGUUAAUUGGUGUCAACGGGAUUUGGGGUGAACGAUUUUCAAACAUGGCCGAAAGACAAAAUGCUAAUGUGAAGAAGAUGAUGAAACCAAUGGGAGAGACGUUCACCUUGGAAGAAAUCGAACAGCAUCUUAUGACCCACAAACCAGUUUUGCUCUUUCUAACGCAAGGAGAAUCUUCGGCAGGAACGCUUCAAGACUUGAAGGGUGUCGGCUACUUAUGUCAUAAAUACGAUUGCAUUUUGGUUGUAGAUUCCGUGGCUGCCCUUGGGGGAACGGCCAUGUUUAUGGACGAUUGGGAAAUUGAUGUUCUUUACACUGGCUCACAAAAAGUGAUAGGAGCGCCCCCUGGUGCCAGCCCCAUUUCCUUUUCCGAACGUGCUAAGCAGAAAGUCUUAACCAGAAAGAAGAAAAUAACGUCAUUUUAUUUUGAUAUGGUGGAACUGGUAAAAUACUGGAGUGCCGAUGGUGUCAGACAAUACCACCACACUGCUCCAAUCAGUAAUAUGUUUGCCUUGAGAGAAGGACUUGCUGAAUUGGCUGAGGAGGGCUUGGAACGCAGUUGGCAAAGACACAAUGAAUGUGCUCUCAUGUUACACAAUGGCAUCACAAAACUGGGUUUACAAUUGUUUGUCCAAGAUAAGAAAGAUAGGCUUCCUUGUAUAACAACCGUCAAAGUACCUGAGGACGUCAAAUGGAAGGAUGUUGUUGAUUACGCCAUGGAAAAGCAUUUAGUAGAGAUUUCUGGUGGACUGGGAAAUCUGGCUGGAAAAGUCUGGCGCAUUGGGCUCAUGGGACAAAAUGCUCGACGUGACAUUGUACAAAAAGUACUGAUUGCUUUGGGAGACAGCCUGAAGAAUGCAACUAAAAGCCCAUCAAACUAA